UAGUACUAUCAAGUAUUCUCUGUUUGCGUGUGCGCGACUUUCAUCAAUCAUUUGUUAUCAGUCCCUCACCUGCCAACUCCCACUGACUAAAAAUGGCUGACCGAACUUCCAACCAAACUACUCCCCUCCUCCGCCGCAACUGGUGGCGCAGCCACCUCUCCGCCGCUCCAUUCGCCGGCUCCCUCCGCCUGAAAACCUCUCUACUCUCCGAACUCGGCGGCUCCGUUGGUGACUUAGGCACUUACAUCCCUAUCGUCUUAGCACUCACUUUAGUCAGCAAUCUCGAUCUCAGCACUACACUUAUCUUCACUGCAUUCUACAACAUUAUUACUGGUGCUAUUUUCGGUAUCCCUAUGCCUGUUCAACCCAUGAAGUCCAUUGCUGCUGUUGCCGUUUCUGAGAUACCUCAUCUUACUGUUCCUCAAAUUGCUGCUGCCGGAAUUUGCACUGCUGGUACUCUUUUCUUCCUUGGAGCUACUGGACUUAUGUCCUUCUUCUACCACUUCAUUCCUCUCCCUGUUGUUCGGGGUGUUCAGCUUUCUCAGGGGCUUGCGUUUGCAUUUACGGCGAUCAAGUAUAUACGGUAUGACCAAGACUUUAAUACUACAAAGGCUAGUACGACGAACCCACGUCCGUGGCUUGGCCUUGAUGGACGUAUUCUGGCUCUUGCUUCCAUAUCUUUUCUUAUACUCGUCACUGGCUCUGGUGAAGUUGUUGAGGACGAGGAGGAGGAGGAUGGGAGGGAUGGUAGAGUUCGUCGUAGAUUACGAACAUUGUCAGCAAUUCCGGCAGCUCUUAUAGUGUUUUUGCUGGGAUUGAUCCUCUGUUUCGUUCGGGAUCCUUCAAUCAUUCAUGAUAUUAAAUUCGGCCCAUCGAAGAUUCAUAUCUUGAAAAUCACAUGGGAGGAUUGGAAAAGUGGGUUUUUACGGGGCGCGAUUCCCCAGAUUCCGUUAUCCGUGUUGAAUUCGGUGAUCGCUGUGUGUAAAUUGUCAGCUGAUUUGUUUCCAGAGAGGGAAGUGUCAGCUACAAGAGUUUCCGUGAGUGUUGGACUAAUGAAUUUGGUUGGUUGUUGGUUUGGAGCAAUGCCGUGUUGCCACGGGGCAGGAGGACUGGCUGGACAGUAUAGAUUUGGUGGGAGGAGUGGCGCGUCAGUGGCGUUUCUUGGACUGGGGAAACUGGUUCUUGGUCUGGUAUUUGGGAGCUCAUUUGUGAGGAUUUUGAGUCAGUUUCCUAUUGGGAUACUUGGGGUGCUGCUGUUGUUUGCUGGGAUUGAAUUGGCUAUGGCAUCAAGGGAUAUGAACUCAAAGGAAGAAUCUUUUGUCAUGUUGGUUUGCGCGGCUGUCUCAUUGACGGGUUCCAGUGCUGCACUGGGAUUUGGGUGUGGUAUUGUGCUGUUUCUGCUGCUGAAAUUGAGGCAUUUGGACUGCUUUGAUAGUUGCUUUGGGAGAUCAAACUCCAGGUCCAACAUUGAUGGAACUAGUCUCAAUCUGUAAGGCGUUUAUAAAGAUAUGGAUUUCUUUGAGAUAUUAUUUAUGUUCAUAUGCUAACUUGUGUAUCUUUUAUUGCAUCAGUACAAUAUCUUUUGUUUCUUGAGCUACUACCUAUAAUAAUAUAUGUAUAUCUUUGAUAUUAUCAACCAAAAAGUAAAUUAAAAAAUUGUGUGUUUGUUUGA